AUGACCCGCGCGCCCUCCGUCCAUUCCCCCGCUCCCUUUACCCCGCACUCCGUCCACUCCCUGUCUCCCCCGGUCGUUCCCCCCCCAACCAUGCCAGUCUUCCCUCCUCUCUCCCUCCUGUUCUCUCUUUCCCUGCCUCACCCUGCCUGUCAAUCAGGUUCCUCCCCCAAACCCUGCCCCUGCAGCUUCAACGUGUAUGUGUCGCAAGCAGAAGUGAAGACGGGGUGUGUGCUGCAGCAGAGCACUGUCACACACACGCCCACCUCCCCCUCGCGGUACCCUAAUUCUAUCGCCGCGCCCCUCGCAACGCCACCCUCCCCGUCUCCUCCGCGCUCCGCCGGCAUCGUUGCCUCCAUAGGCGCGCGCGCGCAGAUGCCGCCGUACGAGGUGCUGGUGAUGGCGAAGGCGGCGGUGCAACGGCGGGAGCUCGCGGAUCUUGUGCGAGGGCUGGCGCAGCGAGUUAUCAGUGACGGCGGGGUGGUGAUGGCAGUGAAGUCGUACGGCACAGUGCGCCUGGCAUACGACGUCAAGAAGCGAGACGGCUGGCACCAGCAGGGCCAGGUAGUGCAGUUGGAGGUGAACGCGCCGGCAUCGCUAGCCCAGCAGCUGGAGCACCUGAAUAAGGACGAGAGGCUGCUGCGCUGGCUGCUGCUCAAGAGCCGGCCUAAGAGGUGGAUGGUGUGGCGGGGAGAAGCCCUGCAGAGCACCACCACACCUCCCUCUCAGUUUACGUGA